ACAGCCCUCUGUCGACAGAGUUAUGUUUCCCUGCGCCUCCAGCAGUGACGUUCAAGGACACCCGUCGGCCUGGAUGGACGCACACAGCCGCCUCGACAGCUCCGGCGGCGCUCGGCGGCGGAGGGCGCGAGCGGGACCGUGGCCCCCGCUGUGACCCGUGGCGGAAGCCCGGCGCCUGGCUUCUAACGGCCGAGCCGGAGACCGGUCGCCGCAGGCCCCUCCCCCUGUGGCCACGUCCCGGCCCGGGCCAGCCCCCGGCUCGCGCCUAGCGGCUCGGAACUGCGGCCCGCCGAGGCUCCGCCCCGUGAGUCCUGCUCCACCGGCCGCCCGCCCGGCCCGGUGGGCGCGGGGCCGCCUCUCCUGGCUGGCGGCAGCGACUUGGUGACCUUGAACCCAGAGCCCCAGAGGGGAACCCACUGACCCCACAAGGGUGCAGACUUUGCCCAGCGCGAGGGGCGGAGCGGACCGGGUGUCCGCAGACAGACCGGGACGAUGUUAGCCUUUGCUGCCAGGACCGUGGUGAAGCCCCUGGGCCUCCUCAAGCCCUCCUCCCUGAUGAAGGUUUCUGGUCGCUUCAAGGCCCACCAGGAUGCAUUGCCGAGGCUGCCCGUGCCCCCACUCCAGCAAUCCCUGGACCAUUACCUCAAGGCACUGCAGCCCAUCGUGAGUGAGGAAGAGUGGGCCCACACCAAGCAACUGGUGGACGAAUUUCAGAGCUCAGGGGGUGUAGGGGAGCGCCUGCAGAAGGGAUUGGAGCGCAGGGCCAAGAAAAUGGAGAACUGGCUGUCGGAGUGGUGGCUGAAGACGGCCUAUCUCCAGUACCGCCAGCCCGUGGUCAUCUGCUCCAGCCCAGGAGUGAUGCUGCCCAAGCAGGACUUCGUGGAUCUGCAGGGGCAGCUCCGGUUCGCUGCCAAACUCAUCGAGGGUGUGCUGGAUUUCAAGUCCAUGAUUGACAACGAGACCCUGCCGGUCGAGUUCCUGGGGGGAAAGCCGCUGUGCAUGAACCAGUACUAUCAGAUCCUGUCCUCUUGCCGUGUGCCGGGCCUUAAGCAGGACUCCGUGGUGAAUUUCUUAAAGACAAAGAAGCCGCCCAUGCACAUAACCGUGGUGCACAACUACCAGUUCUUCGAGCUGGAUGUGUACCACAGCGACGGGACGCCCUUCACCUCGGAUCAGAUCUUCGUGCAACUGGAGAAAAUCUGGAACUCGUCACUGCAAACUAACAAAGAGCCCGUUGGCAUCCUUACCUCCAACCACCGCAACACCUGGGCCAAGGCCUACAACACCCUCAUCAAAGACAAAGUAAACCGGGAGUCGGUGAGCUCCAUCCAGAAGAGCAUCUUCACCGUGUGCCUGGACAAGCCAGUGCCCAGAGUCUCAGACGAUGUCUACCGCAGCCACGUCGCCGGCCAGAUGCUCCAUGGCGGUGGCAGCAAGCUCAACAGUGGCAACCGCUGGUUCGACAAGACGCUGCAGUUCAUUGUGGCAGAAGAUGGAUCCUGUGGGCUAGUCUAUGAGCAUGCAGCAGCAGAAGGGCCCCCCAUUGUCGCUCUUGUGGACCAUGUCAUGGAGUAUACGAAAAAGCCUGACCUUGUGCGGUCUCCUAUGGUGCCCUUGCCCAUGCCCAAGAAGCUGCGGUUCAACAUAACCCCUGAGGUCAAGAAUGACAUCGAGAAAGCCAAGCAGAACAUCAGCAUCAUGAUCCAGGACCUGGACAUCGUGAUGCUGGUAUUCCAUCACUUUGGAAAGGACUUCCCCAAGUCAGAGAAGCUAAGCCCUGAUGCCUUUAUCCAGCUAGCCCUGCAGCUGGCAUACUACAGGAUCUAUGGACACUCAUGUGCCACAUAUGAAAGUGCUUCUCUGCGCAUGUUUCACCUGGGCCGCACUGACACUAUCCGCUCAGCCUCCAUGGACUCACUGGCCUUUGUCAAAGGCAUGGAUGACUCUAAUGUGCCGGAGCACGAGAAGGUGGAGCUGCUUCGGAAGGCCGUGCAGGCCCACAGAGCCUACACUGACCGGGCCAUCCGAGGAGAGGGCUUUGACCGGCACCUGCUGGGACUGAAGCUGCAAGCCAUUGAGGACCUGGUGAGCAUGCCCGACAUCUUCAUGGACACCUCUUAUGCCAUUGCUAUGCACUUCAACCUUUCUACCAGCCAGGUGCCUGCCAAGACAGACUGCGUCAUGUGCUUCGGACCGGUGGUCCCAGAUGGUUAUGGCGUCUGCUACAACCCCAUGGAGGCCCACAUCAACUUCUCCGUGUCGGCCUACAACAGCUGUGCUGAGACCAAUGCCGCACGCAUGUCUCACUACUUGGAGAAAGCUCUGCUGGACAUGCGCACUCUGCUGCAGAACCACCCCAGGGCCAAGCUCUGAGCCCAGGCCAAGGCCUGCCAGCACCACAGCCAAGCCCUCUUUGGGAUGGACACCUGCCAUGGCUCAGUUCCUUGGCUCCUGUGCCCUCCAAUUUCACUGAGCCAGGCAAAGUCUCUAGCAGGGCCCCAAGGUCCAAGCCAAGUGCCUUUCAGGUCCUGUCCUCAGCACCUGCCAUAGUCCAAGUGCCAGAGUUGAGUUCAGAGGCUGAACAAGACUAAGGCCUAGGUCCUCAACAUGUCAUCCACCAACAUGAGUCCCAGGGAAGGGAACCAGUCUAGCCCAUCCCUCCUCACAGCAGGAGCCGUGAAGAGUUCCUUUCCUCAGCCCUGACCAGUAGCUACCGUCUCCACAGCCCAUCUGAAAUCUGUCUUCAUCCAUAAACGCCCAAGGACCAGGAGUCAGGAUUAUCUAGCGCUGAGUGGCUCUCAGCCUUCCUGAGGCUGAGGGUCAAGUCUUUGUAGCCAAAGGGACACUGGAGGCCUCGCCUCCAUCACUCCAGCUCAAGGUGCCAUCUCCCAGCUGCCACGCUCUUUCUGGUGACUUGCCCCAGCCUUCUUGCUUCCGUUCAGCUUGACUCCAUCCAGAACUACAUCCAUGGUUCCAUAAUGUGACUAUUCCAGGUGAUCAAUAAAGGCAAGAAGUGCUGGUGAA